AGGGCGUAGUUCGACAAGUGCUUGGAUUACUAAUCUGUCUUGUUGUGGGUGCUGUAUUUUUGUGUUUGUACUUUUGUUUUUAAUAAAUUUUAAAUAUAAUUUGUGUUUGUACAACUGCCGCAGUUUGAAAUAAGUAAUUAAAGUAAUUGCUAAAAGUCAGCGCCAACAUGUUGAGCGCAAAAUCAUCGAUUUUAGUACGAAGUUAUACUUUGUUUCUGCUGACGCUGGUUGUGGGUGUGUUCGCCCAAUUUGAAUGGCAGCAACGCGAUGCUUUUGACGAGAUAAAAUACAGAUUUGACAAAGUAAACGGCGAUAAUUGUCCAAUACAACAUGUGAGUGAUCUAUAUUUGCCGGAGGACACAGUUUCGCACAAGCCGGAUAUCAAGGAAAUCAACAUCAAUCCGAUAUUCCCCAAUCGGACGGCACUGCUUCAUUUGCACAAUAUGGCUAUGAGUCGUAGUUUCUUUUGGAGUUAUAUUUUGCAGUCACGUUUUAUACGACCAGCUAUAAAUGACACCUACGAUCCUGGCAUGAUGUAUUAUUUUUUGUCUACUGUGGCAGAUGUGUCUGCUAAUCCCUACAUAAACGCCUCUGCUAUUUACUUUGCGCCUAAUAGCUCGUAUACGUCCUCCUAUCGUGGUUUCUUCAAUAAGACGUUCCCACGUUUUGGGCCACGUACAUUCCGUUUGGAUGAUUUUAACGAUCCUAUACAUCUGCAAAAGAUUUCAACUUGGAAUACGUUCGACGUACAAGAUCUGGGUGCGCAUUUGCCAGAUACAAAAUCAAAGGAUUACACAUCCGACUUGUAUAAAAUAAAUGAAUGGUACAAGACAUGGCUACCCGAUGAUGUAGAGGGGCGACACGACACAAAAACUACCUAUCAAGUUGAGAUACGCUAUUCGAACAAUACGAACGAAACAUUUACAUUCCACGGCCCACCCGGAGCUGAUGAAAGUCCUGGCCCAGUGAAAUGGACACGCCCUUACUUUGACUGUGGUCGUUCUAAUAAGUGGCUUGUUUCAGCUGUUGUACCCAUUGCAGAUAUUUACCCACGACACACACAAUUCAGACACAUUGAAUAUCCCAAAUACACUGCCAUUGCCGUGCUGGAAAUGGAUUUCGAGCGUUUGGACAUAAAUCAAUGUCCAAAGGGCGAGGGCAAUAAGGGGCCAAAUCAUUUCGCCAACACAGCGCGUUGUAAAAAAGAAACUACAGAAUGUGAGCCGCUGCACGGUUGGGGCUUCCGACGUGGCGGCUACCAAUGUCGUUGUAAGCCCGGUUAUCGAUUACCGAACGUUGUGCGGCGACCGUACCUGGGUGAAAUAGUAGAACGAGCGUCGGCAGAGCAAUAUUAUAACGAUUAUGAUUGUCUCAAAAUUGGAUGGGUGCAAAAAGUGCCAAUUCAAUGGGAGCGCGAAUCGUAUGACGUGCGUGAGAAAUAUUUGGAUCUACAUCCGGAAUAUCGCAACUAUUCGACAGGCUCGCGAGCUUUGCAUGAGGAACAUAUUAAUAUCGAUCAAGUGCUCAAAUUCAUACAUGGCGUGAAUUAUCGCACGUGUAAAAAUUUCCAUCCCCAAGAUCUGAUAUUGCGUGGUGAUGUGGGUUACGGUGCUAAGGAACAAUUUGAAAACGAAGCUAAAAUGGCCGUACGUUUGGCGAAUUUUGUUAGCGCUUUCUUACAGAUCUCUGAUCCCAAUGAAGUAUAUACCGGCAAACGUGUGGCCGACAAACCGCUGACCGAAGAUCAAAUGAUCGGCGAAACACUGGCCAUUGUUCUGGGCGACACAAAGGUCUGGUCGGCUUCAAUGCUCUGGGAACGCAACAAAUUCACUAACCGCACAUAUUUUGCACCACACGCAUACAAGACAGAGUUGAAUACACGUAAAUUCAAAGUCGAAGAUUUAGCACGCCUGAAUAAAACGCACGAAAUCUACACGGAAAAGAAGUAUUUCAAGUUUUUGAAACAACGUUGGUCCACAAAUUUUGAUGACCUAGAAACGUUCUAUUUGAAAAUGAAGUUGCGUCACAACGAAACAGGUGAAUUUAUGCAAAAAUAUGAACAUUAUCCGAAUUCAUAUCGUGCGGCAAGCUUGAAGCACGGCUAUUGGGCACAACCACAAUUUGACUGUAAUGGUUAUGUGAAGAAAUGGCUCGUGACCUACGCGGCACCCUUUUUCGGCUGGGAUAGCCUUAAAGUGAAACUGGAAUUCAAGGGUGUCGUUGCAGUCUCUAUGGAUAUGUUGCAAUUGGAUAUCAAUCAAUGCCCCGAUUCCUACUAUGAACCGAAUGCUUUCAAAAAUACACACAAAUGUGAUGAUCUCACAUCAUAUUGUGUACCCAUUAUGGGUCGUGGCUAUGAAACUGGUGGCUACAAAUGCGAGUGUCUACAAGGCUACGAAUAUCCAUUUGAAGAUUUGAUCACCUAUUACGAUGGUCAAUUGGUAGAAGCUGAAUACCAGAAUAUUGUAGCCGAUAAGCAAUCGCGUUACGAUACAUUCCACUGCCGUUUAGCUGGUGCAUCGGGCCUUCAAGUCGCCACCUCACUACUCGUAUCACUGCUUGGGUUGACGCUAGUACUAAUGUAUAAGUUUAGAUGAGCAGGCUAUCGAGCUAGCGGCGGUGUUGUUACAUGAGCAAGUGCCCUGCAUCGCCUUACAAAAAAGUAGUACACAAAUAAUUCGUCCAUUUUCGUUUAAGUACUAGUAUGUAAGUAAAAAUAUUUGCUAACAAAAAGCUGAAGAAAGUAGCAAACAUGCAAUUAUCUCUUUUCCAAAGCAGCGCGAAUGCCAAACAUACUUAUACUAUUAUAUAUUUUUUGUUGUGUUUAAGAAAUCAGGAAUCUCAAAUGACACAAAUACGAAAGACAACUCAUACAUUCCUUUAUAUGACCACAGCAACAACAACAACAACAUAUGCAAAUCAUAAGAGAAAUAGCUAGCAACAAGGCUGCGGUAUGAGCAGCAUAGGUAAAUGUUGGCAUCAACAACAAUAACAACAAUGUAGCAAUGGCAUCAGCAAAGGCUGCACAACAAUGAUAGUAAUGUGAGGAGCAGUGAACAGUGUCAUCAUUUAUCCAAGGCGAUUAAGUUGUAGACAUAAUCUAUUACAAUGCAUCUAGUUAUUUGUCAUUUGUUGUAUAAUAGCUAGUUGGUUGGUGGGGAGACAGCGGGAAACGAAGCCACAGCUAGCCGUAAAGCAGUAAAGACGUGGUGGCAUAGCUCAAGAAAAGCGCAAAUGUUCGUGGAGCAAGUAGCAAGAACAACACAGUGUUGUCUUAUUCCGCCUUCAGCGCUCAUAUUACACUCAGCAAAUGUAAAGAACGGAAAUGCCAACGGACGAAAUAUUUCUGAAACUACAUAAAUUGGCAGAGGGAGCGUAUAAAUUACAACAAGUACACAAGGUAGCAAAAGCGACAAAAUCGCAAUAAAAGAAAACCUGUUCAAUCAAAAACUAAAUUUACCUCACUCUCUCUCCACACGCUACAAUUUUUGGCGAAAAUCUCUCGCGCGCCAUAUUCCGCUGAGUUGAGCAGACUGAGAGCUACCCAAAAGGGUUGAAUUCUAUCCUUAAGACGCCUCAUUAUACAGUACGAUGACACUACUGCUGCCGCUCAUGGACAUGCACAUGGAGAUUUACUGCUUUACUUCACACUAAACCAUUUGAAAAGCGCUCAUUUUUUUUAUUUGGCCACGCUAUUCAACGUUGUGGUCGCAAAGUCUUAGACAUUCAGAGGCGAUCAAAGUUGAGUGUGCCCAUUGAUGUUGUUGUUAUUGGUUUGUUGUAUGCCUUGCACCCUUUUAUGUACGCAUUACUAUAAACUGUCCACAAAGAUGCGCAUAUUGGCAUGCCAAAUCGCCAGUCCGUCCGUCCAUCCGCAGUUGUUUUGUACCUUAGACGCUUUUUAUUGUGCUUUGCUGUGGCCUCCUGUGUUGCUGCAUCAUUUAUGUUAAUAUUUUUUUCUUCCUUCUUGUGGCCUCUAUCUUUGUUUUUCUAUAUAUUUCAUUAUUUUUUGCAUGAAUUAAUUUUUUUCUAGUUGAUUAUCAAAUGUGCCUGAAUUUUUAUUAUUUGCGACUACACCCUGAGAACCUUUUUUCCACUGCCGCUAGAGGUUAUGUUUCAUGCAUUGGCAAAAAAACCAGUUCAACACUUGGACCGGCAAAAACGCCGUUACUUUUUUGAAACGUCACAAAAAAUCGGGCGCAUUGCAGCACUUUGAUAUCAAAAAAAUACCUACAUAUACAUACAUAUAAAACCAAAAAAAAAAAAAUACGAAGACGUUGCGCAUGAUUAUGUGGCUGCAUAAAUGCUUGCACGUACCCUUUAGUGACCAACGUUUUUGCAGCAAAAUAUUUUCACACAUUUUUCAUAGUCAGCGCUCAGCGCAGUGCGGGCAUUUAGCAGACAGACAAACAGGACGGUGAUGAGCGUUGAGGUGGUACCUCCUCCUGCUGCUUUUCCUUAUUAUUAAACUUCAGUGCUUAUAUUUUUUUAUUAGUUCACGUUACGUUGCUUUUUUCUGAAGAUGCGCUCCGUGAUCUAUUGUAUUCGCGCCACCAACAUGCGGCGGCCUUUGUUUGCGCCACACAGCUGUGCUCUAUGCACAAGCAGACCAAUAUGAAGAUGAUUAUAAUGUGCAUAUGUUGUUGUCGUUGUUGUUUUGGAAGAAAUAUCAUUGAAUUUUUAUGAACUGAAUAUCUACAUAUAUGAAUAUAUAUUUUUUUAAUUGUCAAUUUUAUAACCACAAUAAUGUUUCGCUAAGCUAUAUUGAAUAUCAUCUAAGCUUUCGUUAUUUUUUUUCUUUUUUUUUAUCAAAAAGUUGACUUGCCAUUGUGCAAAUCCGAAACCGUCCAAAACAGUGAUUGAAAAAUAAAAACCACUCGAAUACAUAAAUUAUAAGAAAUACACUUAGCUAUUUGCAUUCAUUCGUAAACUAAUACAUAUUUAUAUGUAUUUUCUUGUGCCUUUUUAACGAGAAUCGUAAUUAAAAAAUAAUUAAUAAGUAUAUACCUUUUUUCUAUAAAAUUGAAUUCAUGUAAAAUAUGCAUAUGAAAUUAUAUAUUUACAAAUGAAAUAAGCUGGCGUUUAUUUGCAAGGCAUUUUGAAGAAACUAAACUUUUAAUGAUAGACAAAUUCUAUUUUUUACAUAUCGUGACUUACACAGAGCAUGCUCACAUCAUUGUAAUUCUAAGCAUAAAACUUUUUAUAUCAACUUGGAAAAGAAUGAAAAAAUAUAAGACAUUUUUAAUACAAUAAAAUCAUUGAAAUAAAUA